AUGCGACAACCUUCCAUGGACGCCAACGCCGAUGAGGCGUUGGCUAGAAUGGGCUACAAGAGUGAAUUGCCUCGCAAUUUGAGUAUGAUGAGUAUUCUCGGCCUCUCCUUCGCCAUUAUGGCCGCCCCCUUUGGCCUCAGCACCACCCUCUACAUCACCCUCACCGACGGCCAAUCCGUCAGCGUCAUCUGGGGCUGGGUCGUCGUCACCCUCAUCUCCAUCGCCAUUGCCGCCUCGCUCGCCGAGAUCUGCGCCGUCUACCCCACCGCCGGCGGAGUCUACUACUGGAGUGCCAUGCUCUCCACGCGCAAAUGGGCCCCCGCCAUGUCCUUCAUCGAUGGCUGGCUCACCCUCGUGGGCAAUUGGACCGUCACACUCAGUAUCACCUUCUCUGGAGGGCAGUUGAUCCUCAGUGCCAUUUCGCUCUGGAAUGAGGACUUUGUCGCCAACACUUGGCAGACCAUUCUCAUGUUUUGGGCGGUGAUUGGGUGCUGUGCGUUGGUGAAUAUCUUCUUUUCCAAGUGGUUGGAUUUGAUCAAUAAAGUAUGCAUUUAUUGGACGGCCGGGAGUGUCGUGAUUAUUCUCAUUACGCUUUUGACCAUGGCGGAUGAGAGACGGGAUGCUGAGUUUGUUUUUGCGCAUUAUGAUGCUUCGCAGAGUGGAUGGCCUGCUGGUUGGGCGUUCUUUGUUGGUCUGCUGCAGGCAGCAUACACACUCACUGGAUACGGCAUGGUGGCCGCCAUGUGUGAGGAAGUGCAAAACCCGCAUCGGGAGGUCCCCAAGGCCAUUGUGCUAUCGGUGGUGGCGGCCGGUAUCACAGGUCUGGUCUAUCUGAUCCCUAUCAUGUUUGUUCUGCCCCCGGUGCAGACCCUUUUGGCUGUGGCCAGCGGCCAGCCUAUCGGACUUAUCUUCAAGACAGCCACCGGCUCCGCUGGCGGAGGCUUCGGGCUGCUGUUCCUGGUGCUGGGCAUCCUGGUGUUUGCGGGAAUUGGCGCAUUGACGGCUGCCAGUCGAUGCACGUAUGCCUUUGCUCGUGACGGAGCCAUCCCCGGCUUCCGACUUUGGAGGAAAGUGAACAAGAAGUUAGAUGUGCCAGUGUGGGCCAUCAUCCUCUCCACUGUCGUCGAUUGCCUGUUAGGGCUGAUCUACUUCGGCUCCUCGGCGGCCUUCAACUCGUUUACGGGUGUAGCCACCAUUUGUUUGUCAAUUUCGUAUGGCCUUCCCAUUUUCAUUUGCGUGCUUCGGGGACGAGAAGCCGUCAAGGAAUCCAGCUUCUCGCUGGGACGAUUCGGAUAUGCGAUCAACAUCGUAUCCAUCUGCUGGAUUUGCCUGGCUGUGGUGCUCUUCUGCAUGCCCACCUCGUUGCCGGUGGAUGCGAGUAGCAUGAACUACGCGAGUGUGGUGUUUGCCGGUUUUGCGGCGAUCAGUGUCCUAUGGUAUGUGGUGUACGCGCGCAAGCAUUUCACAGGGCCACCAAUCGCGGACGAGGAUAUGCCCGGUGUGAUGACGGGGAAACCCAUUGAUACGGAGAAUACUUAUGCGGCGCAUGAGAAGGAGGGGAAGGAAUGA